CAGGUCGCAGCAGCUAUGAGUUUUGCGUCAGACUCGAAUAAUGAUUAGAAGCCGACUCCUUCCGGAAACAUUCAUUAGCUAGGAACACGUUCCACAUUUUUCCACAUUUUUGAUACCUUAACAAAAUGGAUUCAAAACGCGCGGCCCUUGAAUCCGGCGACGGUCCGGACGCCAAGCGCCUUGAUACCACCGAUGAUCAAGACAAAGAAGCGUCGGGGGGCGACGGCAGUCAGGUUAUGCUGGCCAAACACGUAGCACCCUACACGGGCCACGGAUGUACUCCACCGAUGGAGUCCUAUUUGUUCGAACCGACUCCCGCCGGGAGUCAACUUCUGCCGUGGAAAACUAGCGUUGAUUUGGACAACGACGCCGAGCUGGAGAAGCCCACCAGUGACAAGAAACCCGACACUGCCAAGUUGUCCCGUCGGGAGCUGGCCAAAAUGCGCCGUGAACACACAUUAAGGGCCCUCGCCCUGGAACGCGAGUUGACCAACAAACCGGGGCAGACACCCGCUUCCGAAGUGUUGCUCGUCCGCUUUCCUGAUCCCGAGAUUACUGCUCCCAUGCUGGCAGGACUGUCCAAGGAUAUUCGGGAUGUGGUCUUGCCCAUUAGCGUGGCUCCACGAUACUGUCUAGUGCAUCUAAAGGCCGGUGCCGAUGUGGAGGCCACCAUCUGCGACAUAAACAGGGUGCGCUUCGGUACGGGGCACCUUCGGGCGGAGCUUAAGCCGUUCUCCGAUGAGGAGCAGGCCGAGUUCAUUGAUCCCUGUUCUCUGUAUGUGGGCAACAUACCGUUCAACAUGACCACAUCGGCCAUAAAGGCCUAUUUCGCCAACGCCAUGCGCGUGGACAUCGGAGUGCUGAAGCGCGAGAAGCGCGCUCGCUACGCCUUUGUGCGUUACGCCUCACCUGACCAGACCAUGGAAGCGUUCAAGGAGCUGGUCGACUCACCGCUGAACAGCCGCACUCUCACAGUCCGCUAUCGGCGACUCCGGAAGCGCGCCGGGAUGCCAAUGGUGCAGUGCGCCACCUCCUUUCAGGCGCUGCAAUCCCCAAAUGGAGACGACGACAACACUGACUGCAAGGUCAUAUCUCCACCGCCGUUAGAGUCUAUCAUAAUUAGCGACAGCGAUAACUGCUCAGAUUCCAGUGGCAACGGCAAGGAAGACGGCAAGCGCAAGAAGAAGAUAAAUGAACAGGAAAGAGAGAUUGAAAAGCUCAAGCGUCAAAUGGCCGAGUACGGCGCUAUUAUAAAAAGUUUGCAAUUUAGACAGAACAGCUUAGAAGAUACAUUUAUACCUGACCUUACACCCAAAGUAGAGCCGAGCGUGAAUCCCACAGGUUGUUUACUAGGAUCCAAUGCGGUGCACCUAAUGCGUGACAUUAAGAAAGAGUGCGACUAUUUGGGCAUCCCUGAUCCCGUACCGGCUACCAAGCCGACAACACAAGCUCAAGAUGACAGCCAGAAGAAAGCCAAAAGAUCGUGUUUUGGCCGCUUGUUUACGGGUCCUUUCAGACGAGGCACUAGUGCGAUGAAGACUGCUGACGAGUACGAGAAGGAUGACAGACUUGAGGAGCUCUAUGCUCAACUGGAACGCGAUCCUGAUCCUUAAUCUGUCAUGCUACAGUGUACCAAAUUACUCGUCGUAGACGAAUUAGAAUAAUAGUUUAGUUUAUUUUUUAUUGGACUUCUGUUUCUUUAUUUGUUGUAUCUUCGUUUUCGUUUUUGUUCAGUUUCUCUUAUUUCAGCGUACAUUUAUGGUAUAUAAUAUUAAUAAUAAUACAUAAUAAUACGUAAGUUAAAUAAUAUUUCGGUUUUAAAUAUUAAACCCGAAAAAAUAUCGUUUAAUGGACUGUCUUAAAUAUCACUUAUAUAAUAAUCAUAUGUACUCGAUGAUGAUUUUCAUAUUAGUUUAUAUAUGGUCAAGUCACGUAUCGUUUUGUAAACUUAAAACACUU